UGUGCUUUCCUUAACCUUAUUUACAUUACAAAGGAAUAAUGCCGCAAAUAAUAAAAUACAACAAACGAAAACGUUUAUUUAUCCUUGCGUGUGUUGGAAAUAUAUUUAUAUUUGAACUCUAUUUAUAUUUAAAGCGACUAAAAAAAUUCAGUGGUCGGCGUUGGUGGGUGCACCCUUUAAUUCUGGAGCGUGGGCAACUGGGAGCGUAUGAGACUGUUUUUUUGAGAUACAAACAUACAGAUCAUGAAAAGUUUUUUCGAUUUACGCGACUCACAGUUGAACAAUUUGAAGAACUUUUAACAAUCAUCACAGAUGAUAUUCAAAAACAUAGUUAUAGAGAGUUUUUAACUCCAGAAUUUCGUUUAGCCAUCACACUUAGUUACUUAGCAUCUGGCAAUAGCAUUGUUAGUUUAUCAAACUAUUGGAAGAUAGGCAAGUCUACUGCAUAUGAGGUGAUUCGAGAGACAUGUGAAGCUAUAUGGAAGUGUUUGAAGAGUACUCAUUUAGCACCACCUUCCACGAUAGAAUGGAAACGCAUAGCAGAUGGAUACUGGUCAAGAUGGAAUUUACCAAACUGUUGUGGAGCUUUAGAUGGGAAGCAUAUCAGAUUACAAUGUCCACCAAAAUGUGGCUCCCAAUUCUUCAAUUAUAAACAAUAUUUUAGCUUUGUAUUGAUGGCACUCUGUGACAGCAAAUAUUGCUUUACAUGGAUGGAAGUAGGAAAUUAUGGAUCUCUUCCAGACAGCAGUAUUUUCAGUUCCUCUGCAUUUGGUAUAGCCAUGGAGGAAGGGUCUCUUAAUUUCCCAGAUCCAGAACGGUUGCCUGGUAGUAAUGUGUUUGUUCCCUACUUUCUUGUUGGCGAUGAAGCAUUCCCAUUACGCACCAACUUAAUGAGACCAUAUCCAAGAAGAAAUCUCCUAAGCGAGGCACAUCGAAUUUUUAAUUACAGGCUAUCUCGUGGAAGACUCACAAUCGAGAAUGCCUUUGGAAUUUUGACAUCAAGGUGGCGAGUUUUACGCAACACUUUGGCUCACCAUCCUCAUAAUAGUGAAAGCAUUAUUCUUGCCACAGUGUGUCUUCAUAACUUUAUUAUGAAAAGAGAAGAACACCUGCAGGGAUUCAAACAAUAUUGCCCACCUUCAUAUGUGGAUCACGAAGAUGACAGUUAUAAUCUAGUACCUGGUGAAUGGCGGAGAGAUCCUUUCUGUAACUACCUCCAGAAUAUUGGUCGAUUAGGAGCAAACAGAGGUGCAUUAGUUGCAACUCAUCAGAGAGACACAAUCGCAGAAUAUUUUUUGAGUGAGGAAGGGAAAGUGCCUUGGCAGUGGCAAACUAUUUACAGAGGUUUUGAUAUAAAUAUGCCUUAG